AUGGCUGCAUCAACUCCACUGGCUUCCGAAGCCUCUCACCCAUCUCCCAUUCAAUUUUAUAGGACAACAUGUGUCAAAAAACUAGCUGGAUCACCAAGCCUCACCUCCAUCCCUUCCACCUAUGCUUUCACCAAAGCUCCCCAAGAAGAUGAAGCAGUUUCAGAAGACCCAGAAGACCCAAUCCCCGUGAUUGACUUCUCUCUACUCGCCUACGGUACUCCUGAUCAACGGUCCACAAUCAUCCAAGAGCUUGGCAGGGCCUGCAAGGACUGGGGCUUCUUCAUGGUGAUCAAUCAUGGCGUGCCGGAGAGGCUCUUAGAGAGAGUGAUAGAGGGAAUUAGCGGAUUUUUCGAUCUGACGGAGGAGGAGCAGAUCAGAGAAUUCGAAGGGAAGAAUGUGUUGAACACAAGCAAGAGCGUAACAAGCUUCAACACGUCUUCCGACAAGGUUUUCUUCUGGAGGGAUUUUCUCAAGCUCAUCAUUCAACAUCCUCAUCACCAUCACUUCCCCAACGAACCUGCUGGAUUCAGAGAGAUUUUGCUGGAAUACAGCAAAAGAAGCAGAGAAGUAGCCAUGGGGUUGCUGAAAGGAAUAUCAAUGAGCUUGGGAUUGGGAGACACCUACAUAGAAAAUACCAUGAAUUUGCAAUCGGGUUUGCAAGUUCUGGCUGCAAACUUGUAUCCGCCUUGUCCGGAGCCAGAACUAGCAAUCGGCUUGCCACCGCAUUCCGACCACGGCCUCUUGACCCUCCUCAUACAAAAUGGGAUCUCUGGGCUUCAAGUGCAGCAUCAAAGCAAGUGGGUCAAUGUCAAUUCCAUUCCAAACGCAUUCGUCGUUAAUGUUGCCGAUCAAAUGGAGAUUAUGAGUAAUGGGAAGUACAAGAGUGUUAUGCAUCGGGCAUUUGUGAAUGAAAAAGCUACAAGAAUAUCAGUAGCCACAAAUUUUGGGCCACCACUGGAAAUGGUUGUCAACCCAGCACCAGAGUUGGUCCACCCUGAAACCAAUGCACCUGCAUACACUGGAAUAAAGUAUGGGGAAUACAUGGAAUUGCAAAAAAGCAACAAGGUUUAUGGCAAAUCCUGCUUAGAUCAUGUUCGAAUCUUGUCUGCCUAA